GUAACCGGCGAAUAUUUGUCAGUCCUUUUGCUCACACUCAAGGCCUUUUGACUUGUGCGAAUGCCAUUUCAUCCGGUACCGCAAACGUCCAUUAGAGGAAUAGCUCUUAAUCUGUAUUCGCGCCAGAAUCACCAUGUUUAGCCGAACCUAUGUCAGACAGCCAAAAAGAAAGAUGUCUCUCACAGACGGUCGCAUUGCAAGAAUAGUUGGCGGAGUAGGUAAGACUUGAUCCGAAACACCAGUUGUGUAACAAUCAACUUGAGUCCCCGUCGUGCAAUGGUUAUGGUCACACUGUUUGUGUUCGAAAUUGUCUGUUUAAACAAGCGCAGUUUUGCGUUUUGCAUUUUAUGCCAGCUUCGUUUAAGAAAGAGGAGCAUGAUUGCUAAAUUAAAACGGGACGGCGUCACACUGUUUGAAGUGAGAGUUCGUUCACGCGAAACCAAAGGUUUAAAAGGGCGGACAGGCUAACCGUAAUUAAAACUGAUCACUCGAGUUUCUUGCUUCAUAUCCGUAUAUUUCUAGAUAAAGCCUGGCGACCUGCAGCAAUCCUCAUACCAAUUUCUUUGAAAGAAAUCAAAGAGUCAUUUUUUUUAGACUCUUUACGUCAAAAAGGCUAUAAAUAGCUUUUCUAACGGCACUUUUACUGACAUCAUGCAUCAGUACUUAUUAUUGACUCAAGGGCGAUCGAUUUACGUAUAAUCAGGAGCUGAGGAUCUGUUCUUAAAUUCAGGUAGUUAGACACGGUUUCUGUUACAAGAACGACUGGAAGUACGUUGCUUUGAACUGUUGAUAGUAAGGAUGAGAAAUCUCUAUAAGUUAAUCAGAUGCGGAUUGAUGACCUGCAGCCUUGAAAAGUUUUAUGCAGCGCGGAGACAUCAUGACCUCGUCUCAGUUUUAACAGAGCUAUAGUGUUUCAACGCUGCUGAUGCUGGAAUGAAAACGAGUAGAUUUUCUCAGAGGACUGGGGAUGAACAGGUUCAGGAGCCCAUCGUGGCAAGUGCCGCCUAGUCGGGCACGGAUUUUGAGCCUCUCGUUUCGUUUAUUGUCAAAUACCGCUAAACAGAAAAAGAAAAAAAAAAGGUUAACCAAGAUGAUGACUUAAGUUGGUCUAGGUAAUGGGGUCGCGAACCGAAUACAACAGCUUACAGCUUAUCAAAAACCAAGUACAACUCCUGUAUGUUCUAGGUUUAAUUAUUUAAUCGCUUCCACCAUGGUUACAAUACUAAGAUAUAAUAUGCAUUUUAAGAAAUUACAAGAACGAGUGGCGAUGGUGCGGACACACAACAGAGCGAGGCUCCAAUUUUAUAAAGAUCCCAUUUCUGAGGUUCACUCCCGUAAUUGUUAAAAUAUUGCUAUGCGCAAGCAUUAAAUAAAUGCCAGGGUGAAGAAGUGUGGAAUUUUUCUAAGAUCUUUACCUUUGUUCGUGUAAGUGCUUCUUUUCAGUGUUGUUGACUUCACUUCUCUUCUUCUCGUUAAAUCCAAGGGUAAGAUCUAUAUAAGCAGGUUCAGAUUUGGUCGAAAACUUGAGCUGAGGGAACCUUGAAGUGUACCAGUUUACAAACCCCUAUUUUCGCGUAAAAUUGUCCAGAUCAAGCGGGGGGCGCCGGGGCUUAUAGCCCUGGGGACGAGAAGCGAGAAAAAAAGGGAGACUUUUCAUACGCGGUUUACAGCCGCACGCGAGAGGGUAAUAGUUUUGAUACUCUUGAAACCAAGAUGGCCGCCUGCGUCACAGACUGACUGUAAAAUCAGCCUUGCAUCUUUUGCUCGAUGCCUUACAGUAAGCGCAAAAUUAAAGCGGGACGGCGUUGAAGAGUCAUAUCCUUAAGUGACAUCGUAAUUUCAAGUCACUUCUGUUGCAAACCACCACCCUCAAAAUCCCUUAGAGUUUUAUCGAGCUUUACGUUACUCUGACUUUUCACCCUCACCAUUUCUUUUUUGUGUUUGUGUGUAAAUCGUUGUCCAAUAAAAGAAAAGUUGGCUAACCAAUCAACACUAACAUACAAUCAUACAAUCACACAAAAUAUAUCGUAACCGCUUUAUUGUUAUCAGAGCAAGCAUCGUUUGAACAGUUUAGUUCUUACUUUACGAUAUUUUGGGGUGUUCAAGUACGUAAAUUUUUUGCGUGGAAAUUCAGGCUGUUAAAAGCGUAAGGAAAAUUGGUGGUUGAAGACUCGACAUACUGCAGUUUUUGGUUCUGGAACGUCCGAGUAGUUCAUGUUGUCUUUGCUUUUAUAUCAUUAAUCGUGUUUUGAUGUACCUAAGAUUAAGAACUUUACCAUAGUCAGUUGAUCAACUACUACUAACUGUAGUUUUAAUUAGAAGAACAGACUUUUAAUUGACAAAGCUAAAGUGUUCUUUCAAGCUUUUUCACACAGAGACAUAAAAGAAUUGCUAUAGGCACAACAAACCAUAUUUUGGCCUGCUGUUUCGCACAAUGGCAAUCUAUACAAUCACAAAAGAGCAUUUGAAUCGCCCAAAACAAAUAAAUUCACCAGGAUCUCGAUUGAAUUCCACAGAGACCUGGCGACUGCAAGAACACUAGGUAAUCGCUCCCGCAUUGACAAAGGAGCGAAAUUAAAAUGCAAUUAACUGUGCUUUCGAAGCGUUCUCCUUUCUACCGCAAAACUCGUCGCCUGGAAAUUUGCGCCCAUGCAAGCAAAUGUCGGCAGUGUGCGUCUUGUCCCAAGCCCGAGCAGACAGAGUUUUACCGGGGACCAACAACCUCGCAGACGCAGUUCGCGUGUUUUGAUCAAUCCUGGUGCGUAAGUUUUUAAUUUUGUAGAGUCUAGUGAGAAUAUAUGCCAUGUAAGAAAAAUUAUCCGCAUCUCAGUGAUACUCAACGUAAGGGUUAAACCGUCACGGAGGCGUUUUAACCUGAGUUCCACAGGACAAAAAGUGAUCAAAUCUGGUAAACUAUAGAAACUAUUGUGCUUAUAGAGCUCCAUAGACCCUUAAUGUUUAAUUGUAACUUUAACUUACGUUAUCAAUGAUUUAGAACCUUUAGCACGUUGGAACGCCUAGUUCAACACCUUUGAAGGCAAACGAGGAUGAGCUAAUGCCCCGUCUGCCUGCCCUGAUGCUGAAUCCCAAUUCACACAAUUACUAGCUGAUAACACUUCACGCUUUAUACUACAGUCUAGUUCAUUACGGUUUAUGUUUAUAUAGUAACGCAUUCGCAGUGUAGCUACACAAAGGAUUUACUUGAAGUCAGGAUGUAGUAACUUGUAAUCGCGAUCGUUGAUCGUUACUGUUUGUACGAAAACUUCAUAGUUUCUUUAAUCAGAAAACGUCUUCUAAAUUCAAUAUCCGCGGUCCUAAUAACAGAGUCCAUCGUUUACAAGCUUUUUAGUUACUUGUACUAAAAAAUAUUUUUUCCUGUGGUAGGGAGGGGUGGUUUUCCAAGGGGGGAGGUGGAGAAGAGCAUCGCAUAGGGUUUGAAAAUUCUAACAAAUAUGUGUCCAUGCUGCCUAGUUUGAGAAGAACUCAAGACCACACAUCACUCAAAUAAAAUUCAGAGAAACGGGAAGUGUUGCUUCACUUUAUUGGCAAAAUUGAUCAAAUCUGUUCGCCGAAUAUAAACCUUAGGACUAGAAGAACUGUCAUUAAAACAGGCUUUGUCGUUCUGUACCCUAAAAAGAUAUUGAAACUGUCGAAGACUGUUUCGUCAUGGCCGGAGAUAGCGGACGCGGUAAAAUGCGUGGUGUCACUAAGACAAAGGACGAAACUCAAGUUAUUUCUUCUUUCCAUUGCGGCUCUGUUCAACUCAAGAAUUUUGCUCUUUUUCUAUAUUUCUAUAUGAUAAUGAUGUUGAUCAUGAUGAUGUUGUCAAUGAUGACUCUUAAUAACAAAAUACCCUGAACCGGCAUCUCUAUACCGACAUGACGUUCGUUGGCAUCAAACUUGCACAGAAUGCCCCUCUGCCUUCGAUUGGGUACAACUGAGGAACCUGUUGAAUUCUAGUCAGGUAAAUGCGACUGAUCAUUUAUCUCUUUUUUCAAUGUCUGAAAAGAGAAAUGAAGGACGGAACUUUCCUAGUUCCGCUGUAAGGCCUACACAACACGCCAAACAAGAAAGAAAACUACGAUAAAAUCUCCAUGAGCGACCACUUCACAUAAGCGAUCUCUUUUGCCAAACACCAAAAUUUUCCAAGCCAAAGUCUUUCAGUUGGAACUUCAAGUAAACGAUCACCUUCUGUAAGCAAUCGCGACCACUCUCCUGUAAUUUUCUAUUAAUUGUUUUUAACCACUUGAGCGACCACUUCACGUAUGGUCUGAUCUCUCUUCUCGCCAUCCUCGGAGACCCAGGGGCAGAUGGCUGUGUGAGCGAGGAAAGUCCAAACGGGCGGAAAAAAUGCUCGCUCUGUGUACUGUGUUACUAACAUUAUUGGAAGGACCUCACUUUUAACGACAAUGUGGAACUACGCAUAUCUUAACUUAGACAUUGCAUACAAUGAAUUAUCUACCAUUUAGCAGAUGUGUUGGGUCUCUUCUCGGAUGAGGCCUCCCUGAGGAAGGCGGUUCAAUUCUUGUAUUUGACCCUCUCCAGUAAGCGACCCCUAAGUCUUCGCAUUUUUGGGUGGUCGCUUGCGAUGGGCACCAUGUCUGGUGUGUGCCCAGCCCAAAAUAUUCUCCUUGGAUCAUCUAUUAAAACCGCGGACUCCUGUGUUCUGAGUAGUAAACAGGGUGUUAACACGCUCCUCAAGUUGAAACUAUUAUUAUUUUUUAUUUACGCAAAUUUUGCUCCUAUGACAGCUUAUCAAGAUGAUAAUUUUCAGUGGGUUGCUCCGAAUUACCCGCGGCGGCCUCUUAGCUUACCGAAAUACGCCCUCGCCUUAGCUCGAAGACUGAUCCGAGAGACGACUCAGUCGAUUUUUGUAAAAUCCAACCCACUCGCGAUUUCCCUGAGUUUCACUUGUUUUCCUUGAUUAAAAUUCGAUAAGCUUGCAGAGUGCCCGACAAGUGUGAUUUUCUGACGAUGUUUUGACGACCGAGAAACAGAAUGGACCUAUUGGACCUAUUACCUAUAUGACGAUGACCAUCGUUUAUUUCAUGACGAUGACCACGGCUAUUUAGUAAAGCACGUUCGACUUAGAACGUUGAGAUGGUCUUUUCAUAUUGAAAAAAAAAAAAACACGCACACACAGACUCACAAAAAAAACAAGGCUAAAAAAAGCUUACUUCUGUCUCAGUUUCCAUGAUAUAAUAUAUCUGUCAGUUCUAGGUUAAGUAAAGAGUCCUAAAAUUCUCUCAAAACUGAUAACGUUCGCCUAGAAUAUACUUUGAACCUCUACAGACUGGCUAUUUUGAGCAGAGGGAUUAAUCCAUGAUGUCAACCCUUUAAGUGCUAAUAUCAACAUAAAUAAUCUCCACGCUGUUCUCUAUACAUUUUCUAGUACUGGUGAAGAGAAUUUAUCUAACGAUCAAGAUGUCUUUUUACUAAAUAAUUGUCCCCUUUAUUCAUGAGACCUUUUUGUAGGCGAUGUAUGUCAGGUACUCUAGAAGGCAAGCAUUGAUCGAUGACACCUGCAUCCUUCUGUACUCUGCAAAUGAGCUUAUUCCAGUCGAUCUGUACGUUAUUUUGGACUCCUUGAUUAUUAAUCUGCAUCGCCACAAAUAUCCGUGAACUGAUCAGCAGCGCUGAUGAACUAUUGAAGUAGAAAAAAGAAACAUUCCAUACAUGCACGGUUUUUUAAAUUGCUCCGGAUUAAGACAAUCGAGAUUCAUGGUAAGAUAACUCAACUUAGACAGUUGUCGAUAGGGCUUUAGUGUUGGGCCUGGUGUUAGAUGGAUUUAACGGCCAGAGAGAGGUCGCUGUUCUCUUAAAGGAAUUUUGUUUUUCUGGGAAUUUUUGCCAUGAGUAACAUUCUUGCUCAACGUUAUAGUAAUUACCCAAAAGUCAUUGCAUCGAAAAUAACGUGAAGCCGGCUUUGUGAAUAGCAGACAGCUCUGAGGCAAUCUCCUAUCGUGCCUGAACCACAACACUACCAGCACAUCUGACUACCCUGCUCUGGCGAUCUCUAUCAGUGCAUAAUUUUAUCGAUGACCUUUAAAACCAAGGACGUGAAACUCACGACGCACUUGACGGGGUGUUAUGCAGUUUUCGUUAAAUCAAGGUUAGUCAAAUUAAUAUCCAUGCACUUCUCACUUCAAAUGUUCCUUUCGUUGUACUCGUUUCUUAGUGAACAGUUCUCAGAGGGAGAACGUGAUAACUUGUUUUGCCAUCAGCUCAUCUCUCUGUAUUCUGCUUUGGCAUCGCUUAUAGUCAAUCUAGUAAACUGCUAAGCUGAACAGAUUCGGUAGUCGACCAAGGGAAUUCGUGCUAUAAAACUAAGUUGUAGCCAGGGGACCGGUUUUUGCACGGACCACCUGGCUUGCUUUGCAUGAAGAAAUUGUUUGAGCCCGAUUCUGUCAUUUAGCAGAGAAUAAUGCCAUUGGCAUUUCUCCUCUUCUAUUUUCUCAUAUUACUCUAUUACUCGCAGUCAGCAUUUUUCAAUCAUUGACUUCGUCUAUGCUUAAGACUUAGAAAACCACGAAGGUGUUUUAAAGACUAAAACUGUUUGAGUUAUCACUGCUAAUAUUUAACAUUCCAAUUUUUAAUAGAAUAUGCAUGGUUUGUAAUCCAUAAGAGAGUAUAACUUGAUCGCUAGUAUAAUUUUUCUUGCAACAUUAACAAUACAGAAAGUCUCACGUUUGUCAUAAUAUUCUCAUUUGAAGGAAAAAGUUGUAAGAAUUCGGCAGUGAUUGAUGGCGUGUCAUUAUGAAUAACAAAGAGAGUAACAAAACUCAGCCAUGAUUUGUUCAAGUUGUUUUUGUAUAUAAAUUAUAUGUGAAAAAGUUGAUACAAAAUCAAUACGCUGUUAAAAAAUCAGGCUUCGGGCUAUUUUUUCGAAAUUACCGUCACUAAUCUUUCUCAGUACACGGAGAAAAAAAAAAAUAACACAACAACAGGUCGUCGAAAAUCGUCAAGCUGUGUUUAAUUACAUAACAUUGUUUAUUAACAUUGUGGUUCAAGGACGAUCUUUAGUCAAGGCUUUUAUAUCUUUUGUAUAUCUUUUGUCAGUUAUGAUAGAAGAUUCUAGAAGGAAUUCAAUGAUUGUCCAUAUAUCUGUAGCUUUCAGUAGACAUAGAUGGACCUGAUAUUCAAGAUACCACACUUCAUAGGCCUCCUUCCCCAAUUCAGCAUCGUUAAUCCGCGCUUUUUUCUUGUUAGAGCUUAACAGAAUUUCUUUUUAAACACCAUUGUAACUACUCAAGGCUAGUAGGAGGUCUGAAAAGCAUUUGUUUGCGAGUUUUUAAACAUGGAAAUUAAGUUAACCUUGCGAAAUUCUGCGUGAUGUGCCGGGUAAUCAUUAGAUUCAGCAGUUUUAUUACGUGCAAUUCAGCUAAAAUUCUGAAAAUUGGCAGGCUGGUUAACCCAUUCAGGUAUAGCUUGCGUAGCUUGCGUUUCGUGCGAGUUCGUUGAGAAAUAAAGAAAGAGAGCCCUCGCUCUAACUUUCUGCCCGAAGUCGGAAGAUUUGCGCGGAAGCGUUUUGCUACGCAGGCGAACUCAGUUUGUCAAGAAAACUGAUUUAUUUUACCAGCUUUUAUUAGUUGUAAGCACAUUUGAACCGCAUUAACAUUUUAACAAGUUUUGCUUCGUAGGGAAAAUAACGCAUUUUUUCUUUAAGGAAAAUAAAUCAGUACCAUAUUUUUGCAUUUACCCUACAAAGGAAAACCUGUCAUUUUGUUAUCAGUAGGAGAAUAUCAUAUAGUAGUAGGCAACGUAGUCUUAACAGUCCUGAAAGAAAAUCGUCAAAGGUAUUUUACUCAUACGAAGAAAACAUUACACUAGUUUAGUGUCUAAGACAAACCAGCUACAUUCUGGGGCCCUUUGAUACAAGAGUCCUGUCCACGGUAAAGCAGGGUCCGGGACCCCCCCCCCCCCCCCCCCCCCCCCUGGUUUUUCUCCUGAAACUUUACUUGAAAACAGAUUGAAGUUUCUUCUAACAUGGGGUUUUUUUCGGCCUCCAAACCAAUGGGCCCCCCCCCCCCCCCUGACCUGCCCUGUGUUUUACUCCUGAAACUAUAUAUGAAAUCAGAUUGAAGUUACUAGUAACAUGGUGUCUUUUGCGGCCUCCAAACCAAGGCAGUCUAACUGACAAUACAAGCUAGACAGUGUCACUGUUCGAUGCGCUUAAAAUUGUGUUUUAGCUUAAAUCUUUAAGUAAAUAUUACGCAAACACAAAAUAAACUUCCUCGAUCAACUGAAAGGUGUUAGGAAAUAGCUCCACUGCUAGAAUAACCGGAGCCAAUCUUGCGUUUUUUCCUGGGAGCACGUCGCAGUGGUUUUUGAUGUGCUAUAAUUAAUUUUUAUAGGGUUGUCAGUUAACUGCCAACAAAACUAGCUCAUUAUAAGGCCUCAUUUAAUCUCUUGCUCUCUCCACUAUCUAAUUGAAGGCACUAUUGUCAUUAAAUGAAGAGGCAACAACACAACACGUAGCUAACUUAGCCAGACUACUCCUGUAAACGAUUUCAUCGCAUAUCUAUCAUUUACAGUUAGCGGCAAAUAUGGUUGUAGCGGGCGACAACUAAAAACAAUAAGAACGAUUUUCAGGCUAAUUAGUCCAAGGAAAUAGAGACUAAAAGAAUGCAUGCACUGUGAACAAAAAGCAAACCAAAGUUUUUGGAGGGAUUGACAUUAGAGGCAAGCUUAGAUUACAUUAUUUUUCUUAGCAGUAAAAAACAUAUUUCCGGCGUAGAUAAUAGAUUCUACUCGUGCACAGUUCACUGCCCUUUUGGUCUCGAAUACCAUUACUGACUGCUCAAUUAACAAUUAAAUAUGUGUUGCGCGCGGUUUUUAUGCUUCAAACAACACUUGUAACAAGGUCGUCCAAUAUCGCCAACACGUAAACUUGGACCGUUAAGUCUUUUCUGAGAGGACAAAUUAGCUCAUUUUGGAGAACAGUGCAUUCAAAGAGGGAUUAGUUUGUCCAAAAGGAAAUGAAUGUACUCGAUCAAAAGUUCCCAAAGGAAUGGAAUUGCAAUGUGUUGAUGUUCGACGAAAGAGAGACAAAUUUCAUGUAAUGGGAAAAGAAAUGGCAAGUAUUCUCCAAAUUUCACCGACUCAGGAAAAAGACUGGCUGUUUGAAAGCAAUUGCAUGUCAGCUUCACUUGAAAAGCGACUGAAUUAAACUGGCCAAAAUGCUUGCUUUGAUUUCCUUAUUCAAAUGAAUACCUUUCAAUUGUUCUAUGAUUAAAUCCGGCGGGAUAUGGACUUUUGUCAUAUUGGAAUCGCGGCCUACUUGUGUCUGCAAAUAAAAGCUUGUGAUAGCCGGUAUAAAAAGACCGGCCGAUGACUGAAACUGUCGCUUUCAUUCAGGAGUUUUUAAUAUUUAAACCAGUGUCGUAAUUUACUGGCUGACCCCGAAGAAGGUGACCCUUGCUGACUGGUGUGUGCUAUUAUCAGUAAGAUAACACAUUUUUUCUUGUUUACGAGUGCACGAGCGGCUGACUUUCGGCUCCCGGCGCGGAGCGGGCGGUGAGUAAUAAGCGAGCAUGUCUGUACUUUUUAAUGACCUGUAGGAUCAACCACGCCGUGCCUUUGCUCAUGAAAACAGCGAAAUGCACAAUGUCCGUUUAAAUCUGGGCACAGGUAUUUCAUUUCUGGAGCAUCGACGUCUGUCUUCAGAAACCUGUUGCUUGCAGUGAAUUAAUUACAACUUGUUGUAUUCAUUGCGUACCCUCUCGUUUUGUUUAUACAGGAGAAAUGGGAGCAAAUUUAAGUACACAUGGUGCAAUCACAUUGCGACUGAAGAGGGAAAGGGCGGACAACCUACCUAAAGCGGCCGCUGAACCUUCAAGAUCAAGGAGUAUCGACAAUGAACAAGACAGUUCUGACCGAGAUAGCGGCGUCCAAAAUUUCUCCAGUCACCGAAAAGGGCGUUCGCCUUCCAAACACCGUCGAAUCGUUCUAAACGUGUCCGGAUUCCGAUACAUGACUUAUUUGAGGACAUUAGAAAGAUUCCCGUCGACUCUCCUAGGAAACAAAGAAAAGCGAGAUCAAUUCUACGACGAAAUUCGCGAUGAGUAUUUCUUUGAUCGCAAUAUCCAGGUAUUUGAACUUAUUUUGUACUUCUAUCAAUCAAACGGCCGAUUGGUCUGUCCGCCAGAACUCGCCCCUGAAAUAUUGCUUGAGGAGGUGGAAUUCUUUGAACUCGGACAACAAGCCAUUAACGCGGUGAAAGACAUCUUGAAUGAAGACGAACCGCCGGAGAGGGAGAUAAGUUUGCCGAAAAAUAGAGCGCAGAGGUUUAUUUGGAGACUGUUCGAAUGUCCUGAUUCGAGCAAGGCAGCACGCGUGUUGGCGCUUCUGUCUGUUUCGGUGAUCGUGGCAUCCAUUGUGGUUUUGUGUAUAGAAACGCUCCCCGAAUUUACAGUUUUGCCUGGGGAUAACAUUCCGGCAAAUGAUACGGCGAAACAGCAAGAGCUUCGCGAGCACAAUGAUUAUGCUCAUUCGGUGAAAGCCGUGUUUGGUUUGCUAGAGAUAGCAUUCAUCAGCUGGUUUACAUUUGAGUAUUUGGUUCGAUUAAUUGCUAGUCCUCAAAAAUGGCUGUUUGUUCGUUCUUUUCUAAACGUUAUUGAUUUGUUAGCGAUAUUGCCCUUUUAUGUCGAGCUAGCCCUCAAGAGCAGCGGCGACAGCCAGAAUUUUUCGCUAGCUUUUCUUCGAAUUCUGAGACUUGUGCGUGUAUUCCGAAUUUUUAAACUCUCGCGUCACUCUAGUGGGCUUCAAAUUCUCGGAUUAACUUUGAAAAAGAGUCUCCGAGAACUGGGUCUUCUGAUAUUUUUUCUGAUAAUCGGCAUUGUCAUUUUCUCCAGCAUGGUUUAUUAUGCCGAAAAUGGCGAGGAAGACACUUUUUUCACUAGUAUCCCGGAUGCUUUCUGGUGGGCUUUAGUGACUAUGACAACCGUCGGCUAUGGAGAUAUGUAUCCCAAGACACUUUGGGGUAAACUUGUUGGCUCGGGCUGUGCACUUUGUGGUGUUUUAGCGAUUGCCCUGCCUGUGCCUGUUAUUGUGUCGAAUUUCGACACGAUUUACAAGAAGUACCGAAGUCGGAAACUGAAACAGCAAGGGACAGACGGGGAGAGCGAUAGAGAUAGAAAAGUGAGCUUACUUUUUGGUUCUCGAAAAAGUUCCGAAUUAGAUAACCCCAUCGAUUCACCGGACUCUCCUGGCAUGGAACUCAAAGAACUUUCUAAAGGAGAUCUGACUGAAGACAAAAGAAAUGGGAAUGUCAUUCAGAAAGAAGAGGGAGAAAAAGCCAUAGAAGGUGUCCCUGAGAAAGCAGGCCUAACAAAUGGACAAAAGAGAAAGUUGCAGGAUAAAAAUCUCAAUGUUGACUGUGCGAACCCAUCUGAGAUAGUAUCACUCCUUGAAGAGGAGGAAUCAUCUUUCGCGAAACUUAAUCAGACCAAUGUUUGAGAGAAAUCGAGUAAUGGAACCUGGUUUAUCCAACCUCGCUCCCAGGGUUCUCUCCUACGCGCCGUAACGGAGCGAGUUAGGAGAGAGAACCUGGGAACGAGGUUUUGGUCACCAGGUAAAAGUAAAUCUUUGGCACUCCCACCCAAAAUUUAAGGCCUAAGAAAUACCAGAUUUGCAUCUCCGCCGAAAAGGAACUAUUUUAAGGUUGGGUACCCAAAAACUCUAUGAGCACCGUGAACAUGAGAAUAGUUGCUCUCGGGUCCACCUCGCGGGAUUGCAGUUGCCGACUCGAUCGCUUUACGUUUAAACAGGUCUGGGAUAUUAGCCUCUCAUUUUGGAACGGUGGUUUUGUGGCCGAGGCUGGAAACUUGGAAAGGAAAGUAGCUCUCCUUUCUUCCCUUCUUUCUAUAAAUUAAGCGAAGUUUUUGUAGAAGAUAUUUUUUACAAUAUUUCUUCACUCAAUCGAGAAUUUAUAAGCUAAGUUAUCAUGAAAUUCACCAUCAAAGUGAUCCAAAAAUUAAAGGUUAAUUGGAAGGGGAAGAUAAGCAGUUUGAUAGGGUGAAUUUCUUUACGAUGUUGAAAUUUCUUACGUUUAUUUAUUUAAUGAAUUUAUUGUGCACAUAGAUGUGUAAUGAAGAGGCCAUUUUAGAAUUAUUUCCGAUUUUUUUUAAAGUCUAUAGACAAAUUGUAUGUAGAUGUUUUGGCACGUAGAUGUAGUUAAGGGAACUGUUUCAAACUUACUAGCGCUUCGGUAAACUGAAUCUGCCAAUUCAUAAAACACAAGAAGUCAAACACUUUAAGGGGCGAGCUCACGAUCUUUGUUGCUCAUCAGUAUUUUCGUUGAUUGCGAUUGACACCGCAAAAAUUCUCGGACGUUUAUGACUAGCAUCUUUUACAAAUUGACAUAAACUUUAAAAGUCGGGCCACUUUUUAAAGCGUACUUAAAUGCAAUUCGUUUUAUUUCCGUCUUCUAUGCUCUCGAACCCAUAUCUUCUUUAUUUCUGCUCUUUUAUGAGUCCUUUUUCAGUUCAAGCUUUUCUUUUGAGAUUUCAGUGAACUUUGUGACCAUUUGGUAAUUGCUGAAAACACGUGACCUAGCUUCUUUAAAUGCUAGAUUUAUAAACGAUACAGAGCAAGAACAGAGAACUUGUUUAAGCUGCUAUUUUUAUCAGCUUCAAACACAGAGAAGAUUUCAGUAUCAUCUCAGUUUUUUAAGCGAGUAAGUUCUGGUAGGUAAACUGCUGGUAGUUCCCUUUCAAGUUAGUCAAGAGGGCAAGAAUCUGUCUCGGCGAGACAUGAGAGAGUCCUUUUUCUCCCUUACUCCCACGAGCACGUUCCUCGUUUCCGCGUUCGCAACAUACUGCGCGAUAAUCUCGAGGAACUGCUAGCAGUUUACUGACAGGUUUUGUCCUCUACAGCUUCCCUAACGAUUCUGUUGUGUCCUUAGUUCAUGAAAGGUAGUGUAAUUUUGAAUCGUAAUAUAAAGGCGAAUAGUUUGACUGUCAUCUGCACAUGAGUGAGGAUGAAAUAAUAAUUUAUGAAGUAUUUUUAUAGCACAGAACAUAAUGACGUUAUUUUUUUUUAAUGUGACAGC